CUUUAUCAUCAAUUUUGAAUUAAACAUUUAGGAGAAACAAUCAAGCAAGUAAAAAACAAUAAUUUCCGAUUGUGUUGUAAACAUUAUGGGCACGAAAAAUUCUAAAGCCCGUACAUCACCACUAGGAACGGCAGAGACAAAUGCCCAGCAAUCCACCUCUAAACUUAAUGCCUUUCCCGAGCAGGAUGCCGCAACAGAAAGUGGUUUAAGUGUAUUUCGGCUGCGACUUCUUAGUUUUGUUAAUAAUCACAAUGAUCCGCGAUCACCUAACGCUCAGUUUAACCGAACUCCCCUGGUUUUUGAAGAUUCGCCAGAAAAAAGUUUUAAUAUGAAUGAUACCUUUGCAAACUUAUUUGCAGAGUCGAAAGUAAACGCGGAACAACAAAAGCAAAGCAAAUUAAUGUCGGAGACAAAAGGUGAUGAGAACUUAAUUACCGCAGGCGAAGAAAGUAUAUUAAAUGAAAACUCGAUCAAGGGUAGUCUUGCGGAUGGUGAUUUAAAGAGUAGUGAUGAUAUGGAACAAAAAAUGCUCGAUGAGAAGAUUGAUCCUCGCUCACCGUCUUUUGGUGUCGAUCGUACACCUAUCAUUUUUAACGACGACCAGGUGGAAAUUAUUGAAGAUGAUUUGAUGGAAAACUUUUUGGAAGCUUUAUCAAUCAAUUUAAAUAAAACGGAAAAUGAAGGCAACAUAUCCUCUCUUCAAGACAAUAAGGAGACCAACAAAAAUAAUGUUAAGGUUCGAUUGAACUCACCUGCUAACAAGCUGCCACAAAUAGUUAAUGGCAACGCACAAAGUCAUCACAGAAUUUUGAAACAAAAGCGUCAACGUUUAAUCCGUCAAAUUUAUGAAGACAACGAAAACCUCCUCUCUCCACGUACGUCAAAAUUGAGAAUGUCGGAAUCUAAAAAAUUUGAAGCCGCUAAUAAACGCACUCCGUUAAUUUGUGUGAGAAAUCGUCCCAUCUUCCGCCCGCGUUCUGCAGAAGCACUUCAAGCAGUGAAAGCAAAUCUUCAUGAAUCUUUACCUACAAUCGAGACGACUAACCAUGUACCAGUUAACGAUAUGAAAAUCUCUUUAAAUAAAUAAGCGCUGUUCCUGCCUACUAAUAGGAAUCUAAAAAUUUUCUCAAUCGCAUUAUUUCAAAGAAUCCGCAAAGUAUAGAUAUUUUGAUGAUGGAAACCGAGACAGAAGUCUGAAAGUAGACAUAUGUAUUUUCAAUUGAAUUUCCACAGUAACUGCACUCCGCUUCUUCGAACAGUCUUCGAACACGUUAGUCCCAGAUAAAAGUAUUCUUUUCAGCUAAGGCAUGUAACUCUAAUUGUCGUUAUGUGAAGUCGCUUCAACUUUAUGUACAUGUUUCACCAACUUCUUUGUGCACUUGUAAAAUGGCUCCAAUUUCUCGUUAGAAACCGUUAGCUGGUUUGUUUCUUUACAUGGUUAAUAAAAAAAGUAAGGAAAAAGUAAAAGAGAGAGCACAUAGUUGCUUUUAAUAAAUGGCAAUACUUUAAAAUUAUGAGCAAAUUGUAAAUGAACAAAAAGAAUACGAAAUAAUCAUAGUUUGAAAAUGGAGUUCCGUUCUCGUUAAAGUUUGAAAAUUGGAAUCCGAUCUCUGUUAAAGUUUGAAAAGGUUCCUUCUCGUAAAAGUUUGGAAAGGUCCCUUCUCGUUAAAGUUUGAAAAGGUCCAUUCUCGGGGACUUUUGCCAACGGCUUUGCAAAUUAGCAUAGAGUUUUACGUUCGUUCUGCAAAUUAGCAUAGAGUUUUCGUGCUGAAAAUAGCCAGCUGCCUUUCUUACUUAGGAGUAAAACUUUCGCAUAAAAACAGAUGUCCCAAGUAUGCAGCGUUAAUAUCUUAAUGUUCAAUUGAUUGCUUUUCGAUGUUCUUCUUCUUGCAAUUGCCUUUUUUUUCAUUAU